GUCAGGUGGUCCUGGCGGUGUGUCAGCAGUACGUUGCCAUAGGCGACCAGGUGGUGACGCUCGUGGACGGAGACGAGGUUGCCGUGGUGCCGCCGCUCAGCGGAGGAUAAACAGACGAGAUGACCGAGGAGGAGCAGAGGGACGUCUUCAAGCUGAGCCCUGAUUGGCUGUCUGUACAGGAAGUGGUGGACGCCGUCAGCAGCCCGACGUGUGGGGCAGCUUCACUUUUUAUAGGUACGACCCGUGCAGACCAGGUGGAUGGCAGGAAGGUGAUUGGUCUGGACUAUGAGGCGUACGAGCUCAUGGCCCAAUCAGAGUUCAGAAAGCUGUGUGAUGACAUCAGAGCGCGAUGGCCGAGCGUGAUGCACGUCUGUGUGCACCACCGUCUGGGUGUGACUCCUCCCCUCCGUGACUCCUCCCCUCUGUGUGACUCCUCCCUCAGGUGGGUGGAGGUGGGCCAGGCCAGCGUUGUCAUGGCAAUUUCAUCUCCUCAUCGCCAUGACGGCCAACAGGCAAUCCAGCACGCCAUCAACCAGCUGAAGGCGAACGUCCCCAUCUGGAAGAAGGAGGUGUACGACUCUCAGGACUCGAGUUGGAAGCAGAACGUGGAGUGUUCGUGGUCGUCUCACAGUCGUGCGUCGUCAGAGAACACGUGAAGGAGUGUGUUAUCAGAGAACUGAAGGUUAUCAAUAAAUCCUGACUGAUGAAGUG